AAUGGGUAAGGUGCGAAGCUUACCAAUAUAUUUUCAACAGAGUUUGUUAUUGAGACCGCUGAUGAAAAACGGCAGAAGAAGUAUAACAGGUAUUUACAAACAACAUGGGAAAUAAAACUAAGCCUGCUAUAACUAAAUGCAAGGAGGGUGAGAAUUGGACAAAGGUUACUUUUAAGCCCGACUUAGCCAAAUUUAAUAUGACUCACUUGGAAGAUGAUGUGGUUGCAUUGAUGAGGAAGAGGGUGUUUGAUUUGGCUGGCUGUCUUGGCAAGACUGUGAAGCUUGAGUUGAAUGGGAAACGCAUUCCAGUGAAAUCAUUUCUUGAUUAUGUCAACCUAUACCUUACUGCUGCCUCUAAAACAAAGACCGAACCUCUCCCAAGGAUUCCUGAGAAGGUUAAUCCUAGAUGGGAAGUCUGUGUGAGUAUCAGUGAAGGGCAGUUUCAGCAGGUCAGCUUUGUUAAUGGGAUAGCUACGAUCAAGGGCGGAACUCAUGUCGACUAUGUUACCAAUCAGAUAUCUAAUUAUGUAAUGAAUGCUGUAAAUAAGAAGAACAAGAAUGCUAAUGUCAAAGUACAUAAUGUGAAGAACCAUUUGUGGCUUUUUGUCAAUGCUCUUAUUGACAACCCUGCUUUUGAUUCUCAAACCAAGGAAACUUUGAAACUUCGUCAGAGCAGUUUUGGCUCUAAAUGUGAACUUUCAGAAGAUUUUUUGAAGAAAGUUGCGAAGUCUGGAGUUGUGGAUAGUUUGCUCCAGUGGGCAGAAUUCAAGCAUAGCAAAGAUCUUAAGAAGACCGAUGGAGCCAAGUCAGGAAGUAUUCGUGGGAUCCCCAAGCUAGAUGACGCCAAUGAUGCUGGAGGAAGGAAUUCUGAAAAAUGCACAUUGAUUUUGACUGAAGGGGAUUCGGCAAAAUCUCUUGCAUUGGCUGGGCUCUCUGUUGUAGGUCGAAACCACUAUGGUGUCUACCCCUUGAGAGGUAAACUUCUCAAUGUGAGGGAAGCCAGCCAUAAGCAGUUAAUGGAAAAUGCUGAAAUACAGAAUCUUAAGCGGAUUCUUGGACUCCAGCAGAACAAGGAGUAUACAGAUGUAAAAUCCUUGAGAUAUGGGCAUUUGAUGAUAAUGACUGAUCAGGAUCAUGAUGGUUCCCAUAUUAAGGGUUUGCUGAUCAAUUUUAUUCAUUCCUUUUGGCCAUCACUGCUAAAAGUAAAAUCAUUCAUGGUUGAGUUUAUAACUCCUAUUGUGAAGGCUUCUCGCAUGGUCAACAAGGUGAAGGAAGAGAUACCGUUUUAUUCAAUGCCUGAGUACCAAUCUUGGAAGGAAAGUUUGGGUGGUAACACAAAGGGCUGGACCAUUAAGUACUACAAGGGGUUGGGAACUAGCACAGCAGCUGAAGGGAAGGAUUACUUUAAAGAUAUUGAUAAGCACAAGAAAGAAUUUGUAUGGAAAGGUGACCAGGAUGGAGAUUCCAUAGAGCUUGCAUUUAGUAAGAAGAAGAUUGAAGCAAGGAAGAAUUGGUUGCGACAGUUUGAGCCUGGCACGCACCUUGAUCACAAUGAAAAGCUUGUCAAUUAUAGUGACUUUAUUAAUAAGGAACUUAUUUUGUUUUCCAUAGCUGAUCUUCAAAGGUCGAUUCCUUCCAUGGUUGAUGGCCUGAAGCCUGGUCAGAGGAAAAUCCUUUUCUGUGCCUUUAAGAGAAAUUUUGUAAAAGAGGCAAAGGUUUCUCAAUUUUGGUAUGUUUCCGAGCAUUCUGCUUAUCAUCAUGGCGAACAGAGUCUUAUGAGUACCAUUAUUGGAAUGGCUCAAGAUUUUGUGGGUAGUAACAACAUCAACCUUCUUCGUCCAAAUGGUCAAUUUGGUACUCGUAACCAGGGUGGCAAAGAUGCUGCAAGUGCUAGGUACAUAUUUACCAGUCUUUCUUCCAUUACUCGAUACCUGUUCCCUAGGGAAGAUGAUGGCCUGCUCGAUUACUUGAAUGAAGAUGGUCAAUCCAAUGAGCCUUCCUGGUAUGUACCUAUCAUACCAAUGGUUCUCGUCAAUGGAAGUGAAGGAAUUGGAACAGGGUGGAGCUCUUACAUUCCAAACUACAAUCCAAGAGAUAUAGUGGAAAAUGUUAGGCGCUUGCUGGAUGCUGAACAAAUGGAGCCAAUGCAUCCAUGGUACCGAGGUUUCAAAGGGACUAUUGAGCAAACUGCAUCAAAGGAAUCUGGGGUCACCUACACUAUAACUGGAACAAUAGAGGAGGUUAAUGAGACCACACUUAAAAUAAAGGAACUUCCAAUACGUCGAUGGACUCAAGAUUACAAGGAAUUUUUGGAAUCUAUCAUAACCUCAAACGAUUCAUUCAUCAAGGAAUUUAAACAAUUCAGUGAUGAUAAAACUGUUGACAUUGAGGUCGUCAUGACCGUGGAGAACAUGAUGUUGGCCAAGCAAGAGGGGUUGCUGAAGCAGUUUAAGCUAACAACAACAAUUAGCACAAGUAACAUGCACUUGUUUGAUUCAAGAGGGGUGAUUAAGAAAUAUGACACCCCGGAGGAAAUCCUUGAGGAAUUUUUUCACUCGAGGCUUGAUUUUUACGGCAAACGUAGGAAACAUGUGUUGGACACUCUUGAACUGGAGUUGCUGAAAAUGGAUAACAAAGUUAGGUUUAUUCUUGAUGUGGUAAAGGGGGACAUCAUUGUGAACAAUAGGAAGAGAGCUGAUCUAUUCCUUGAGCUGAAAGAGAAAGGUUUUACUCCUUUCCCAAAGAACAAGAAAAUGGAGGAAAUAUCCGUGGCUGGGGAUAUCGAGAGGGAGGAGCCUGAGGAGAACUCUGAGUUUAGCCCUGCAGCAGUUGUUGAGAGUGAUUAUGACUAUUUGUUGUCGAUGACAAUUGGUACUUUGACCAUAGAGAAGGUCCGCGAACUUGUUUCUGAUAAAGAUAAACUCGAGCACGAGGUUGAAUAUUGGAGGUCAUCGACUCCAAAGUCUUUAUGGCUGAAAGACCUAGAUGAACUUGAGAAAAGGCUAGAUGAGCAAGAUAAAGCUGAUAAGGAAGCCGAAAAACAGCACGGUAACGACCGAGAAAAGAAUGGAGCAGGGAAGAAGGCUGCUGGGAGACAAGCAUCUAAAAUCCCAAGGAAGACAAAAAAGAAAGACCAAGCUGUUACAGCAGCCUCAGAUAUUUCACCCAGUUCAAUGGAAACAGAAAAUGUUCCUGCUGCUGUUGUGAAACCCAAAGCCCGAGGUGGUGCAAAGAAAGCUAAGCAGGAUGAAAGCGUUGACGAUGACCAAGACUUUGAUAUUACUGAUCUAAGAGAGCGUCUAGCCAAGCAUAAUAUCGAUUCCUCUCCCGAACAUUCUGCAGAUAUGGAGAGUGAAGUGGUUCAAGAAUCAGUUGGAAAGAAAGGACAGAGUAAAAGGGCAGCUGCUGCAAAGAUCUCCGAAAGCAUAGGUGAAAUCAAUAUCGGUGACGAAGAUGUGGAGGUUGCCGCAGCACCAGCCAAGAAAGGUGGACGUAAACCUGCCGCGAAUUCAAAAGCCGGUAAGCUACCUGCCGCGGCAGCAAGGAAGCGAGCCCCGGCUGCAGAAGCAGGCAAGCAACAACAAAAACUUCUAACUCAAAUGCUGAAGCCCGCAGAAAGUUCGGGGAUAUCGCCGGAGAAGAAAGUGAGGAAAAUGAAGGCGUUGCCGUCUAACAAGAAGAGCGGUUCCGUCUUGGGCAAGGCGAACGGUUCUUCGCUGUCUCCGAUGGCGGAAAUCGACAGUGAUGAAUAAGAUGAAGUGGCUGUGGUUGUGGAACCGAGGAACAGGCCUCAAAGGGCUAACAGGGCGAA